UUUUUUACUCAUUUCUUCAGAUUUACUCCUAGUUGCUGCUCUGUUGAUGGAACUUGCUUCACAGUCAUCAAAAAGGAUCAACAAGGAUAUAUCCCAUCUCUCUGAGGAAUUGUCUCCCAUGAGGAAAGCUGAACUUGAUCAACGUAAUGAGGAUGGACAAACUGCACAUACACCUAGAGGAUCUUCCCCUAAGUUCUCCACUCCUGUGGUGAAGCCUCAUCUUUGGGCUAUAUUAGAUGGAGUUCGGCUUAUUUUGUCCUCAACAUAUUUGUUAUAUGUGUCAUUAUUUCUGUGGCUGAGUGCGGUCAUCUCUUCAUUCUUUUAUUUUCAG